AUGCCCACAAGACAGCUUCCCAGCUAUUCAUUUCUGGCAGACCAAUGCAAAUCCAUGCGCCAACUGAUGCAAAUUCACGCCCAAAUGAUCAUCUCCGGUCGUAUCCAAGACAACUUCGCUGCCAGCCGUUUGCUGGCUUUCUGUUCCCUCUCCGACUCCGGCGACUUGAAUUACGCUUCCAGGCUAUUUUCCCACCUCCAACAAGAGCCCAAUUUAUUCAUGUGGAACACCCUUAUUAGGGCCCAUGCCGGCGGCGGUGGUCCCAUAUCAAAUCCUCAAAAAUCUUUAGAUCUCUAUAUCGACAUGCGCAGAUUUUGCAUCACUCCAGGGAAACACACUUUCCCUUUUGUUCUCAAAGCUUGUUCAAGCUUAAAGUCGUUAGGAACUUACUUGGAUUUGCAUGUCGUUAAUGGUUUGGUCCGUGCUUAUUCGGUCUCAGCUGGUUUGAGGGAUGCCCGGAAAGUGUUCGAUGAAAGUCCCCACAAGAAUUUGAGCAUUUGGACCACUAUGAUUAGUGGGUAUGCCCAGGGUGAUUCUGGUGCUUUGGCAAUUGAGUUGUUUCAUCGAAUGAUCUCCCAGGGGUUUGAACCUAAUGCUGUUACACUGUCUUCAGUGCUGUCAGCUUGCGCUCAGUCAGGCGGCUUAAGUGUUGGAAAACAGAUUCAUUCUUAUAUCAAGGAAAAUAAUUUGGAAUUAGGGGCAUUGUUAGGUGGUAGAAGAAAAGUCGGUGUUGAUUGCAUGAACAACGUGAGCCUUGUUGUUUCAGCUGCUGAUUGUGGAUCAGAGUUUAAGAUGAAGCAAAAGUACAACACGGAUUCAUGGGAAACCCACGCUUACCUGUUAGGAACCUGGGGAGAUGGAGAGCUUGUAAAGCUAGUGCUUUCAAGCCAAACAUUUGAUCGAGGAGAUUCCAAUUCUACUACAUCUUGGCCCGUGAUUGACAACCUUAUAUUGAAGUGUCAAGGUAAUCUUCUAUUACCUGGAGGAUUUGAUUCGGGACCGGCAUUUGCCAAUGGUAUGGCUGGCGGGAGUCCUGCUUCAUUCAGAGCCUAG